GCGCGUGAAAGUCAUCCAACGUUGCGGUGCUGUGUGCUAUCGGCGUGUUUGGCAGGAAUUUCUCGGUCAGGCUGUUAUGGCGCUUAGAAGAUGCUGGAGGUUGGCAAGAUUUCUCCCGAGACUCCCCGUCCCGCUAGUGUCAUCAUCCUAUAUCGGACGGGUAACUGUGUCCAGCUUUGGUAACACUUACAGCGGCUACAAAAAAAGUGAGUUUCAGCGCAUGAGGUUCAGCUCUGAAGCCCGAAACACAGACGUAGAUUACGAGCAGCUGAAGCGGCUCCUGGCUGAGGGGAAAACAGCGGUGGUAGAUGUCCGAGAGCCAUGGGAGCUCAGGGAGUAUGGAUUCAUCCCUGGGUCAGUGAACGUCCCAUUGGGACAGGUGAGCUCUGCCCUCCAGCUUGCUCCUGAGGAGUUCAGAGAAAAAUAUGACGGGGAAAUGCCGAGACAAACGGAUAAUGUUGUCUUUGUGUGUCUGGCUGGGGUCAGAAGCAAGACUGCACUCAACACAGCCGCCUCCCUGGGAUAUAGAGACGUUCAGCAUUAUCCUGGCGGAUUGCAAGAGUGGGUGGAACGUGAACGACACAAGUAAUCCUCAGCUAUCAGGAAUGAAAAGUUGUAUCCAGACAUGAGUCCAAGGAAACGCUAAACAAAUCGGUUGUCUAGUUCUGCCACAAUCCUCUCAGAAACCUUGGUUUUGUUUCUGGAAAGCCACUCCUUACGAAACCUCAGUCUGAUGUCUUCCACAUUAGAUCUGGUUGGUAAAGUUCUCCUCGCUGGUUUUCAGGUCCUUCCAAAAGUGCUCUAUUCACAAUUUAGGUGACUUAUGGAGGCAGCUGGGAUCUCUGGAUUAAAUAUUUGAAGUUAUUAGUGGAAGUGAGGCUUUAUAGAAAUGCACUGCUGCUUUUUUAUUCAUAUAAAAGUUUUGCAAACUACAAAAUAUUUUACUCCUUUUAUUAUGCUAGUUUGUUUUUUGUUCAGUCUAAUAUAAUCCUAAUAAAAUGCAGAUCCUAUAGUGAAAUACACCUUUGCAAAUGAAGCAGCUGGGAGAUCUUUUCACUUUUAGCACAUUUUUUUUCUUGUAUUUGAAAAAAAAACAUUGAAACGGAUAAAACAAUUUAGAACCCAUGAUUGGAUAUAUAGCAAGUUUAACUUACCUUGGACUUUUUUUAUUGCAAGUAAUUUUUGCAUAUCUUAGGGGGGGGUGUACACAUAUAGGAUAGUUAAUCUUAAAAACUUUAAUCUCUAUCUGCAUCUGGAGCUCAAACAUGACCGAUACCUCACAGAUACAAAAGCAUAAUAUGAUAUAAUAAUAUUUCAAACAGCCAGUUUUUCAUACAAAAAAACAAAAAAAACAUGUUCUAAGUCAAUGUCGAUGAAGGGACAUUAACCGUUUUAGAUUAACUGAAUGAAAACCCACCGAUUAUAACCACUGAAAGAGCUCUGUUAAGAUGACCCAAAUCGUACAGUUUCAUUUAAUUACCCCUGAUUGCUUUGUGUUUGUUUUUAUGUGUCAGGGUUUUAUUUAUUUUCUCCAAGCUGUAGAUUCCAAAGAGGGAAACCACAGGGCUCAAUACUCAUAUCUGCUGCCAAGCAUUUAUCAUCUAGUCCAAUUCUACUUGAAGCCACUUGCAGCUUUUUGCACAUUUUUACCAAGAAUAUACAGCCAUCUGCCUCUCAUGACAAUGGUGAAGAAAUUGCUUUUGUUAAAGCAACACUGUGCAACUUUUAGCCACAAGGGGCGCUAGACCUGUAACUACUAAGUUUAGCUGCACUGAAAGCAAUGUCACUACUCGAUCCAUUCUGCACAUGCGCGAACAGAUAUA